AUGGGUGGACACGUGUUUCAAACAAAAGGAAAAAGACAUGCGCUGGUGUGCGCCGGGAUGCUAUUGGCGCUGGCGUGCGGUGCGUUCGGGAGCGUGUUUGUGGGGCAGGAGGCAGACAGGGACGGGCACAGGAAGGAUUCGGGUUUGGAGGCUGGGCUCAAAAGGCAGGCGGAGCGGAAUGGGGUGCUACAAGAGCGAGAAGAAGGGUUUGGAGCAGAAAGAAGAGAGAAUGCAGGGCGGGUGGAGACAGCGCAGGAGGCAGAUGCGAAGUUGAAGGCCAGGAUAAAAGAGCUGGAAGAAGCCUUAGAGGCCGAGAGAGCGCAGAGUGCAGAGCGUGUGGAGGCGGGGAUAAAACUCGGGCUUGCGCUGGAUGUGGGGCUUGAGACGCUGAAAGAAUCCAUAUUGGCAGAUAGAGCGAAAGUUGCGGAGUGGAUGGAGAAAAGCAAAAAGAAAACUGCAGAGCUGGAGGGCAGGCUAAAAAAGCAGGGGAAAGAGUUUAGCGCCGAGAAAAAGCUGCUGCGGGCGCGGAUUGCAUGGCUGGAGGCGGAGAGAGCGGAGGGAAAGAGCAAAAAAGGCGUCUGGGGUUGGUGA